UCACCGGCCACCACCUUAUUCACACACUCAACCAUCACCCACCACACACCCACACCCACAACAUUUAAUCCUCUCGACAAUUUCUUCAAUACUCAUAACACUUUCACACUUUUUUCACCUUCAAUGAUGAAAUGCUUCAGCAUAUUUCAUUCAAAACCAGCUAGGGAAAGAUGUUCACCGGAAGCAAAAGAUAACAACCAACCGAAAAAGCCGAAAUCGGCAACCGGGUUAGUCAAGUCAACUGGCCCAGUCUCUUCCCCUAGAAGAAUAACUGAAGUGUACAAAGAUAAAGAUAAUAAGUUGAAGAAGUUUUCAUUCUCCGAGCUUAGAGAUGCUACCACUAAUUUCAACAAGCUUUUGAAGAUUGGUGAAGGUGGUUUUGGGUGUGUUUAUAAAGCAAGGAUUAGACUUUGUGAAAGUCAAACUGAUCCUCUUGUGGUUGCCAUUAAAAGGCUUAAUAGACAAAGCAUGCAGGGGCAUAAAGAAUGGCAAACAGAACUUCAGUUUCUUGGGGUGGUUGAUCAUCCUAACCUUGUAAAACUUUUGGGAUAUUGCUCGGUUGAUGGUGAACGGAUGCAAAGAUUGUUAGUGUAUGAGUACAUGCCGAACAAAAGCUUAGAAGUUCAUCUUUUUAACACAAAUUUACCGCCGAUCCCAUGGAAAACAAGGCUACGGAUCCUUCUCGGUGCAGCCGAGGGUUUGGAUUAUUUGCACCAAGGGAUGGAAAUCCAGGUCAUAUUUCGUGAUUUCAAGUCGUCAAAUGUGUUACUGGAUGAGAAGUUUAACCCCAAGCUUUCGGACUUUGGUCUUGCGCGAGAAGGUCCUCAAGGGGACAAAAGUCAUGUAUCUACAAAGCCUGUUGGGACAUAUGGAUAUGCUGCCCCGGAAUACACAGAAACGGGCCAUCUUAGAUCAAAGAGCGACGUAUGGAGUUUUGGAGUUGUAGUGUUCGAGAUUCUAACGGGCAGAAGAGCAGUAGAUAGAAGUCUACCAAAAGCCCAACAAAAGCUUACAGAAUGGGUGAAAGAAUUCCCUGCUGAUAGUAGAAACUUUUGGAUGAUUAUGGACAAACGAUUAAACAACCAAUAUUCACUUGAUGCUGCCCGAAACAUUGCUAAACUGGGUAUCAGCUGCCUUUGCAAGAACCCUGAUGACCGACCAACAAUGAGCCAGGUUGUCGAUGGUUUGAGAGACGCGAUUGCCAAGUCUGAAACAUGAUUCAUAUUUAUGUGGUACCUUGUACAUCAUCUCUUGUGUCAUGUGCAUUUGAGCUCAAUUCACAUUCUUGGUUGCACCAUAUUGAAAGUUGAAACACAAACACUUGGUAGCUAUUUGGUCAAAAGUGGCGCAAAUGAUUCCAGCCCAGCUGGUUGAUGCAUUGGAAAUGAUGGGGAAGGACUCAGGUUCGAUUUUUGAUCCCACCCGAGUUUUCUACUACAGUGCAUUUACUCCAGAGGGUUGGCUCUUGUGGAGGGUGCAACUCCUGUCAUGUGGCAGGAGGCUGGAAAUUUUCUCAGGGACAGCGUAACGCCCCUCUCGACCAGGCGUGGGCCCGGUUAAGAUAACAUAGUCCUGCUAAUGAGUGGUAACGGGCCUGCGUCUUGCGGGUGUGAAUUAACCGUCUUGUGAAGUUCACCUG